AUGGUUUCAUACACGGCUCUCUCGGUAAGCCAAUUUAUAGCCAGGGUGACAUUGCGGCAAUAUAACAACGGUUGCCGGCGAAAGAGAUCUCCAAGAAAAUCACACAGAUUCUCGAUCAUCAUUAGAUUGACGAUGAGAAAAACACCCUGGUUAACUCACCAACUAGCUCCCGGAAUCGGUAAGUACAUCGCCAGUGAUGAUUUCACGGUGGGAGGGUUCCGGUGGUCUAUAUACUUCUACCCUGAUGGGAAGAACCAGGAAGACAAUUCGACUUAUGUGUCGGUUUUCAUUGCUCUUGCGAGUGAGGGCACCGAUGUAAGGGCGUUGUUUGAGUUGACUCUGGUAGAUCAGAGUGGGAAAGGAAAGCACAAAGUUCAUAGCCAUUUUGAUCGGUCUCUCGAGAGUGGUCCAUAUACAUUGAAAUACCGAGGCAGUAUGUGGGGAUACAAGCGUUUUUACAGGCGACAAAUGCUAGAAACUUCAGAUUAUCUGAAAGACGACUGCUUGAAAAUCAAUUGUACUGUAGGAGUGGUUGUUUCUGCUGUAGACUGUUCUAGGUUGCAUUCAAUUCAGGUCCCAGAAUCUGAUAUUGGAUCACAUUUUGGUAUGCUACUGGAUAACACAGAAGCUGCAGAUGUUGUCUUUAAUGUUGCUGGAGAAAAGUUUCAUGCUCAUAAAUUGGUAUUGGCUGCUCGAUCCCCUGUUUUUCACUCUCAAUUCUUUGGACCAGAGGGAGUUGACCUUGACCAUGACCAUGAGAUUGUUGUUGCUGAUACUGAACCCAAGGUCUUUAAGGCUUUGCUUCAUUUCAUUUACAGAGAUACAGUUAUGGAAGAUGAUUCUCCAUGUGAAUCCUCCACCUCCAGUUGUAUAUCUGAUACAUUAACAGCAAAGUUAUUAAGUGCUGCUGAUACGUAUGAUUUGAGUAGACUUAGAAGCAUCUGCGAAUCUCAUCUCUGCAAACAUAUCUCUGUUAACUCUCUUGGAAGAGCUCUUGCACUUGCACACAAAUAUCAUGCCAUUCAACUCAAAGCUGUUUGCCUUAGAUUUGCUUCUCAAAACCUUGCAGCUGUGAUGCGAUCAGAUGGAUUUGAGUAUUUGAAAGAAGAGUGUCCAAAGUUACAGUCUGAGAUUUUGAAAAUGGUGGCGGGGUGUGAAGAUGAGUGUAGCAGUGGUGGUGGUGCAAAGUCAAGGAGUGUUUGUAGUCAACUUUCUGAUGGUGGAGAUGCAAAUGGGAAGAGGGUUAGGCAAAGAACUUGAUUGUGGUUUUGGUCAAAAAAAAAAUUAACUUUGUUUUUCAUGUACAAUAUUUCUGUAACUAUGAUGAACAUGUUAUAAUACAGAGAAUUAUAUGAAUUGCUAAAAUGUAAAAUAUUCUCAAAUUGAUUAAAAAUGAGUUGUUAUUGAAUAAGUAUUCAACUAAGAUCACAUAAUGAGGUACCAAAUUCCCAAUUACAUUAUGCAUAAUCAUUUGUAAAACCCUUAUUGUGUAAAUGAUGAAAAAGAUUUGGUC